AUGUUGGGCGGAGAGCUAGCCGGUGGCCGCGCCGCCGUCUGCAGCCAAAGCCUGCGGUGGAUGGUGACGAAAGCAGCCAACCGCGCCGCCGUGCAUGGUUCUAAGCUUCCAGUCCCUGAUACCAUCCCAAAAGAGGAAGUGGAAAGUGGGAUAAAGGGAGCCAUAGAGGAGAUGGAAAGAAAAAGGAGGCAUAUCGAAGAUAGUGUUGAUUCACAUCUCAAGCAAUGGAAAGUCCUCCAUGUUGAAGAUAUUGUGUGCUGCCCUAAGUAA